AUGCCCGGGGUGAUUCUCCGGCGCCUCUACGAGGUCUCCCCGGCGACGGAGGUGCACAUCCUCAGUUCCCAGGUCGCGCUGACCCAGAGGAUACACCUGCAUCAGCCGAGCCGGGGGCCUCCGCAGCUCGCGUGUCUCCGGUCUGUCGCGGCAGAGUGGUUCCGCGGCGAGUAUGAUCCGGUCCCAGAUCGGGGCCGGGGGAGGGGGAGGGGGAGUGUGCACCGGCCGGCGUCGUUGAAGGAACUGAUUGUUCGGGGUCCGCGGCUGACGCAUCUGUCGCUGACGGGACGGUCGACGUGGCGACGGGGGCAGCGCUGGGCAAACGAGGCGCCGGGGAAGGAGGAGGAAGAAACAGCGGCCGAGAUCGAGGAACGAGGGCUGAUCACGCUGGAGGACGGGGAUCGGCUGCCGGAGACGCUGGCGCAUCUCGCGUUCCGGGGGAUGCGGUUCGGCGCUGCGCAGAGUCGUCUCUGGGCGACGCAGUUGCGCUGGGAGGGCGUGCGGUCCCUCUCGCUUGUUGCAGUGGACUGGAUUCACCUCUUGCCUGCUCUCAGAGGGGGAGCUCAGCUGCGCGAGCUGGUCUGGCUCGAGCUGGGCAUGCCGCGGUUCACGAAUAGGGGAAGAAGAAUCAAUCCGGAGGCGGCGCGACAACGCGCCGGGCUGCUGGAGGCCUUCCUCCGGACACUGCCCCGCUCGCUGCGCACCUUUAUCGGAGUGGACCUGCCUGCGGACGUGGUUGCGGUGGUGGCCGAGGCGCACGGGGCGGGCCUGCAGCAUCUGCGCCUGAGGACAUCAUCAUCAUCCCGCGAUCCAGCGACUCUCGCGCCGGCCCAGCUGCAUCAACUCCCCGAGGACUUUCCCAACCUCCGGUCUCUGGGCUUGUUUCUCCCCUCUUCGCAGUGUGACAGUGACAUUGAUAGCCUCCUCAUCCCGCUCCGCCGUCUCCCGCACCUCCACCAUCUGGAGCUGAAUUUCCCUACUCGACAGUCUGUCCCGCGCCCCGACCAAGGGCCUGCCAAUAACGACUCCCUCAACAUCGAUUCGAGCAAUAUAUCCAACCUUUUCCACCGUCUCGAUAUCCCGGAUGGCCCACACCUGCGCUCCUGCCACAUCCUGCACGGGGACUGGAAUAGCCUCGACCACCCGCCCUACCACAGCAGCCAGCACGACGCGAUCCUCGUUGCCGAACGCGACCCCGCCGGGUAUGUCCAGGUCUCCCGACUGCCACGGUGGCGACGGGCUACGGGACACGAUCGACACGGCACGCCGACUUCCUCCGUGAACCUGGUGGGCCGGACGCUGGAGGUGGGGGGAUGGCCGGGGAUGGCCGGGGAGGCGGAGGCGGGGCUGACGACCACGGCGGUCGCGGUGGAUAUAGGAUGGGGGGUGAGGGAUGCUCGGUGGGGGAGACGGUAG